UUUUUAACCAUGGUUUCUUGUAGCCACGUGUAAACAUCUCAUUGGCUCUCAUGAUCCUGUUUGCGACCACCGCUUCUCAUUAAAAACACGGAGGAGUUGUAGGUUUUUCGUACCACAAACAAAAAGAUGUCGGUUGUUGGAGGAAUUAGCGAAUCAAAGGGCGUUGAAAACAGCCUUGAGAUCGACGAACUCGCUCGAUUUGCCGUUGAUGAACACAAUAAGAAGCAGAAUGCCCUGCUGGAAUUUGGGAAGGUAGUGAAUACAAAGGAGCAGGUAGUUGCUGGUAAAAUGUAUUAUAUCACACUUGAAGCAACUGAUGGGGGUGUCAAAAAGACUUAUGAAGCCAAGGUUUGGGUUAAGCCAUGGGAAAACUUCAAAGAAUUGCAGGAGUUCAAGCCUGUUGAUGCUGCCACAUCAGCAUAAACUUCCAUCUGGGCGAGAGUGCUAGAAGACCGCUAUCAGGUUGUGAAGCUUAAUCCAAUAAAUAGUUUCGUUAGGUUAACAAUAAACAUUUCUUGCAUUACGUUGCAAGUUUAUGCCCCAUCGUAUGUGUAAUGGAACUUGUUUCGUUCUAUUUAUACUAGUGUCUUUUUAUCUAUAAACCGUUUUUUAGCCAAA